GAUGGCGGGAGCCUCCGACCCACUGGAGGACAUGCUCUUCAAUGAGGUGGAUGAGAAAGCAGUUAGCGACUUAGUUGGCUCUCUGGAAUCACAACUCGGCGAUCGAAAGGUUCCCGCUGCUUCAUAUUCCGACGGGAAACGGGAGGGAGCUCCAGUCGCUGUCAGUCAGUUCUCAGGGAAAGUGCGCGAUCAAGUGGGGUCUCUGGAACAGCCGCAACAAGGGCAUCCAAAAGCGGGGUUAAACCAGGAACCCGGCGCUAAUGAGCCGCUCUCCGGCAAAACUCUCUCCUCCUCUACCUCCUCUGUCGGUGCCGGGGCCGUAAUAACCGCCGGAGCUAGUCUGCAAACAGUUGGAGCAUCUCCUCCCACUAUUUCCCCCGUACCGGGACCCGUAACUUUGACCACUCAGUCCGCGGCUGCUAGCUUCCACCGGGCUGCCGUCCUGGGUCCGAGCGCGGCUCCCAGCACCAACAUCGUCCCCGUGACGGAGGCUAUCAGGACCGCUUCUCCCGGAUUACAAAGUUUAAACGGCAACACUGGAGCUGUAAAGUUGGUGAACUCGCCCGCUGUUCCUCCCCCAGCCGGGUCCAGCACAGUCAUAAGUACUGUCAGUGCUGGCAGCUCCACCAUCAUCGCUUCCAUGGCUACUCAGCCCAGUUUUCCUGUACCUCAGUCCUCAGUGGCGUCUCCCGCUGGAACUUUGCAGAGGCACCCCAGCCCGGUGGCCAGCGUCGCCCAGAACGGUGUAGACCCAAAGGGUGCCCCCCUGGUGACCCAGGGUGCGCCUUCCCCUUCAGCCUCCACCUCUCAGGUCGUGAACCACAGCAACCCUCUGAUGCACACCAAGGUGUUGGUGCCCAGUCAGCCUGUUUCUGGAAACUCUGUCAUCCUGGCAAGUACCCCUCCACCUGCUGCAGUCCAGUCCCCCAUCAGCCAGACUCAGACCGGGACCAGCACGGCUACCGUCAGCCUGGCUGCUGCUGGGGUGAAACCUGCGGUGAACGGAGUGGGCCAGCCUACGGUGGCUGUGGUGAGGCCGCCGGGCGCUCCUGUGGUGGCCACCUCCAUCCAGCAGCAGAGACCGGGGCUGGUGGCGAGCUCGACCCGAGCGGCUGCCCCUCAGCCGACGCUGGCUGUCCGGCCUCAGCAGCAGACCACCAUCCAGCUGCCCCCCGGGUUCACCAUGCCUCCUGGUAUGGUUCUGGUCCGGACAGAGACGGGUCAGCUGGUGAUGGUCCCUCAGCAGGUCCUGGCCCAGGCUCAGGCCAAGACGCAGCAGGGCCAAACGGUAGCCAACAUCACCCAGAGACCAGCGACGCCGACGGCCGGCAGCACCAUCCGGGUCAGCACCGCCACCACGGCUCCUCAGACCGUCCGCCUGGCCUCCCCCGCUCAGACCAGAAUGGUUCAGUCUCCCUCCACCACCACUGUACAGAAGGCCAUCACGGUGGCCCCCGGCGGUGCAGCCGUGUCGGUGAAGAUGACCACCCCUCAGAAGGCCCAGACGGUGAUAACAGCGGGCGGGGCGCCUGUGGCCAAACCUGCCGGCGUCCCGUCCACCCCCCUGACCAGCACGACGCCCGCCACGCCGGCCGGCAGGGUCACGGUGGUGUCCCAGGAGAUGCAAGAAAACGUGAAGAAAUGCAAGAACUUCCUCGCCACGCUGAUCAAGCUGGCGUCCCACAACUCCCCCUCCCCGGAUACCUCCAAGAAUGUGAAGGCCCUGGUGCAGGACCUGCUCGAUGCCAAGAUCGAGCCAGAGGAGUUCACCACUCGGCUGCAGGCUGAGCUGAAGUCCUCCCCACAGCCCUACCUCAUCCCCUUCCUCAAGAAAAGCCUCCCCACUCUGCGUCAGUCCCUGCUCAACAGCCAGCAGUCUCUGGUGACGCCCACCCCCAGCACCUCCGCACCCCCCCCAGCUGCCCCCGGAUCCGUCACCACCGCCAUCAGGCCGCGGCUUCCCAUCAGUCCGGCCAGCAGCACCGUCAGACUGAACCCGCCGCUCACAAACACUCUGGCUGUUGGCCGAGCAGGAGUCCAGACCGUGCAGACUCGUACGCCUGUCGUCUUCAGUCAGACUCUCAGACCUCAAGGUACGCUUGUGAGGGGGCCCACAGCUAUAAUUGGCAAAAGUCCUGUUCACCUGGCAGCUCAAGCCAAUCAGAAGAAACUGAGUGACCCAGGGGGCGGGACAUUCAGAGAUGACGACGACAUCAACGACGUGGCGUCCAUGGCCGGCGUCAACCUUAACGAGGAAAACGCCCGUAUCUUAGCGACCAGCUCGGAGCUCGUCGGCACAAAGAUCCGGUCCUGUAAAGACGAAUCCUUCCUGCCCACCGGCCUGCUGCACCGCCGCAUCCUGGACACAGCCAAGAAGCUGGGAGUGACCGAGGUGCCGCAGGAGGUGGUGAACUUCAUCUCUCACGCCACCCAGUCCAGAGUGCGCUCCCUGCUGGAGAAGGUUUCGGCCGUCGCUCAGCACCGCGCAGACGGCGGAAAGGAUGAAGAACAUCAUGAACAGACGUCAGACGUUCGCUCUCAGCUUCGUUUCUUUGAGCAGCUGGAGCGAAUGGAGAAACAGAGAAAGGACGAACAAGAGCGAGAGAUUCUGCUGAAGGCUGCCAAGAGUCGCGCCAGACAAGAAGAUCCUGAACAGGCUCGUCUGAAGCAGAAGGCUAAAGAGAUGCAGCAGCAGGAGUUGGCUCAGAUGCGACAACGAGACGCCAACCUCACGGCUCUCGCCGCCAUCGGGCCACGUAAGAAACGCAAGCUGGACUCACCAGGAGGCGCCACGGCCGGCGCAGAGGUGGCUUCCGGCUCGGGUGCGGGCUCCUCCUCGGCCGCCUCCUCCCGCCAGCAGCUCCGUCAGCGGAUCACACGAGUUAACCUCAGGGACUUCAUCUUCUGUCUGGAGCAGGACCGCUCCACAGCUCGCUCUCUAAUGCUGUACAAGGCGCUGCUGAAAUGAGGAGUCCCUCCAGGAAGAGCACUCGGCCCACUGCAGAUCACAAACUGGAUUACACGUCGACCUCCAGCCCUCGUAUCCUCAGACAUGUUUCAUCGUGCGUUUAUGUUGGCCUGAGUCUUCAUUCACCGCUGCAUCUUUAACCUUCGGUUUGUCUUCUGGACCCACCCGAACCCCCGCCCCAGUUUUACAACGUUGGUGUUUUUUGAACAGGAUGUCUCAUUUUUAGCUCAUUCAGGUGUCUAGUUUUGGACUGCACCGUACUUUUCAGUUCCAUGUUUGUUAAACAUCACACUCCUGCAAAGUCCAAGUCCUACCAGAAGGUGGAUUAGUGACAUAAAUCAUCGUCUUUUCAAAAAGCUUUGGUUCUGUAGUCUUGGUGACGUAGUGACUACUCACAGGCUAGUUGGUGAACUACUGUAGCUUGUGAGCUAACUUGCUAGCCGGCCAGGCUAGUGCAAUAGCUCUCUGAGCUUGUCACUGUUUCUCGCUAUGGUUCUGUUCACUACCAUUCUGUUCAGCGCUUCAUCCAAUAAGAAGUCAUAUAAGAGGGAAAAUAAAGAUGUCCGAGCUUGCUAACAGUCGGUUAGCAUGCUUGUUAGCUGCUUAGCUUAGCUCGGUCAGUAACAGAACGAUAAGCUGGACUAACUCAAAGGACAACCAGACAUUUUUUGUUCUACAGUCUUCUUGUCAAAACCUGGCGCCUACAUUACCCACAAUGCAACCGGACCUCCAACAGUUGAGUGAAGGUCUUCGAGACUGACUCGAGUGAGUUGAGGACAUUGAUCAGACUUCACACAGCUCCCUCUGGAGACACUAAAGGCUUUAUACUACUUCAAAACAUAUGCAGUCGAAGUCCAACACCUGGAAACUCAUGAGGUGGAAAAAUCACUGGAGGUCAACUUUAACAGAUUUUCAUACAAACAUGUUGAAAAGAAUCAUGUGCAGGUCUGAAACUAGACACCCUGAGGAGUCGCAGCGUUUUCCAGACUGAGAUGGACUGAUCCUGACGCUGCCGACAGGAUUAUUCACGAGCUUUCCGACUCCAGCGCUGUACCUGAUCAGGUGCCUUCGAGUCUCAUCUUCGUUCACGGCUCCAUCGGGACGUUCUGUCGGCUUGUUUCCCUCCGGAGCCUCUCAGCCACCACUCAGGACGCCGGGCUCAUGGACUCUUAAGUUUGUUUGUUUUUUAAACUUUCUGAAGUCGCUCAGAUCUGUGAGGUUGGUAGUCACACGUUCAACCAUCACUUUGCAUUUUAAGUCAUCCGCCGUGAAUAUAAUGAGUUCUGAAGUUUUAUUAAGCAUCAUGUUGUCAGUCGUUGUCGGGAAUGUGCACCGCGAGAACUGUGAAGCUGCGAUGGUCAAAUGAUCGUUGAUGAAACUGAUCGGGUGUGUGUGAGUGUGAAUGAUGAUGACGACGGUGACAGACGACAAACUUUAAAGGGUUAAGGAGUAAUUCAACAUUUAGGUAAAUCUUUUCUUUUCAUGUUCAGAUCGACACCACUCUCACUCCCCACUCAGCAUCUCACGUCUCAGCUGUUAGCUUAGCUUAGCAUAAGUACUGGGAACAGGGGGAAACUGCUAGCCUGGGUCUGUCCAAAGGUAGCACAAGCAGCUUUAAGCUCAGUGAACAGGUUCUGUCUGGUUGUUUCAUCUGAACAAAAAGUGAAAUGUAGAAACUAUAAUUAGUGGUUUUACUGGAGGGUUUGUGUCUGUUGGCAGGUGUCAGUCAUCCAGAGUUCUGGAUCAAAACCUCCAGUGAAAACCUCAUGAAACCAGGUAUGACAUGUUAAUCAAUGAGCGUUUGAGCUGCUGGGAGGUGAACUCAGACAGAGCCAGGCUAGCUGUUUCCCCCUGCUUCAAGUCUUCAUUUGCUUGACUAGCUGCAGCUUCAUAUCAACACCUGACUCUCAGAGAGGAAGAGGAGGAUUUCUGUAAAUGUUGAACUGUUCCGCAUGUUGACAGUUUUUGUUUCAGUUAACAGUCAUCAGGGAGCUGGUUCUCCGACACAGUAAAAACUCACUCAGGCUGCGUUCAUGAAGGCAAACAGACAAAGCUUUAGAUCAAACUACAUUCCUCCUCCUCCUCCUCCUCCUCCUGAGCUGACGUUAGGCUCGGCGUCUGAAACAUUAGCGUUCAUGUCACCGUCUGAAAGUCGACCUCGUACUGUUGAACAUAUUCAUUUGUCAGAAGUUGAAAAUGCAGUUCCGCUUCACAGUUUGCUGUUGGGAGUUUUUAAGAUGACUUUUUUGGAAAGGGUGUGUACAUUAAAGGUUUUUAACGCUUUAAAUGUCUUUUCUCCCCUCAUAUCGGGCAUUUGGUUUGUAUAGUAUAUAGCUCUAACUGCUAACUGAAGCCGUGGUGUAUGUACUGUAUAUUCAGUCAGAGUCCAGGUCUUCAGACGCCCGGAUUAUGUAUCAUCUGUUGGAAGGACACAAUUUUUGCGACUAUUUAUAUUUCCUACAUUCUGUAUUCAAUCCUGAUGCAUUUCAGGCAAUGCAAUUUUACAGUUGUUUGUACCUUU